GGAUAAACUCACACCCUGUAUAUGUUACCAUAACCUCAUUUCACACAGCAAAUUCGCUUUUGGUAAAUAAACAGUGGACUACUUCCAUAGUCUAUAGAGUAGUUUGUGGUGUACUUAUCCAAAGAAAAAUGAGUAACAUUUAUAUUCUUGAACCGCCCACCUCUGGCAAAGUUCUGCUCAAAACUACGGCCGGGGACAUUGACAUAGAACUCUGGUCCAAGGAAACCCCCAAAGCUUGCAGAAACUUCAUCCAGUUAUGCCUGGAAGGUUAUUACGACAACACCAUCUUCCACCGAGUGGUCAAAGACUUUAUUGUGCAAGGCGGAGACCCCAAGGGGGAUGGCACAGGAGGUGAGUCAAUCUAUGGGGAGCCGUUUAAGGAUGAGUUUCAUCAGCGUCUGAAAUUCGCGCGACGAGGACUGCUGGCCAUGGCAAACGCGGGCAAAGACGAUAAUGGAUCGCAGUUUUUCUUCACUCUGGCUGCCACUCCAGAGCUACAAAAUAAGCACACGAUAUUUGGGAAAGUUUCGGGCAACACGGUCUUCAACAUGCUGAAAUUGGCGGAGGGACUAGUCGAGGACGAGCGCCCGGUCUAUCCAUACAAAAUUACGAAAACUGAAGUUCUGAACAACCCUUUUGCGGACAUUCAACCGCGAGUAAAGCAGGCGCCGACUCAGGAAAAAAAGAAGAAAGAGAAAAAGGCCGGAGUAAAGAACUUCAAGCUGCUCUCAUUUGGAGAAGAAGCUGAAGAGGACGAGGAAAUAUCCACAAAGGAAAGCGAAAAGCUGAGCGCUAGGGGCAAAUCGUCCCAUGAUAUUCUUGAUGAUCCAAAGCUGAGCUCACAGACCGACAUACGUGAAACCGAGCCCAACGAAGACCGCGCAGAAGAUGCAGAGAAGCAACUGGAGAACAUAAGGAAGAAGCUGAAAACUAGCCAUAAAAAGCCCAAACCCGUUGAACCCAAACCGGCAAAACCUGCAAUGAGUGCCGAAGCAGAUGACGAUGACGCCCUGGAAGAUUAUUACCUGCAUAAGGACCGGGACAGGGAAAACCAGAAGAAAAUGGAGGAGCUUAAAAAGGAAAUUAAAAGCGUCAAGCAAGAGUACCACAAAAAUAAGCUGAGAAAGGAAGAGGAGCAGAAGGAACAGCUGCAAGAUGAUAGCGACAAAAGCGAAAUUUUCAAAUCAUACAAAACCAGCCUGGUUUCAUAUGAACCAAAAAAGACCACACUCCUAAAAAAAAAUGUGAACAGAGAGAAGGAUACAUUGAAGUUGCUGGAAAGUUUUAAAACCAAACUGCACUCCAAUGGAAAUGACUCGGACAUUGAAGAAGCAGAAGCCGCAAGCAAGAGUGAUGAGGACGAUGAUAAUUGGAUUAACCACAAGCUAACAUUCAGCGAUAACGUAGUGUUGGCAAAGGAUGCCAAUACCAAGAGCGACGACUGGUUUGAAAUUUACGACCCUCGCAAUCCAAUUAACAAGAGGCGAAGAGGAGAAACGUCUAAAAAACAAAAAUAAAACUUUUUAACUAUUUAUAACUAUUUCCAAUUAGCCCAUAAAACUUUAACUAAUUAA